CUUCAUAACACACCACUGGGCUGCAGUGGAGGCGCAGCGGAGCCGGUCUGCAAACUCGAACCCUAGGUUCGCCGCCGGCGGAAUGGAGGGCUGAAAGCUCCAGAACUGGGACGAAUGAUCAGAAUCAUAGACUGCCGAAUGGGGGGCAGCCCCGUGUCGAGCCCGCGGGUGUCAUCUCCCACCGGGCGCCGAAAAGCCGAGGAGAUGAGGCUGCAGAAGGACCUGUCUGAGCUGGACCUGCCCUCCAACGUGCGCCUGUCCUUCCCGCGGGGCGUGGAGCACAUGUGCGAGUUUGAGGUGGCGCUCACGCCAGACGAGGGGUGCUACGCGGGCGGCACCUUUGUCUUCAUGUUCCGGGUGCCAGAGUCGUAUCCGUCAGACCCACCCAGAGUCAAGUGCCUGACGCAGGUUUUCCACCCCGCCAUCGACACGGAAGGCCACGUGGACCUCAGUUUCCUGCGGGAUGAGUGGCGCCCCGACAUGAGCAUCAAGACUGUCAUCUACGGCCUGCACCGCCUCUUCUUGCUGCCAGACACAGACGACGCCCUCAACACCGCGGCGGGCAGCCUGCUGCACAACAACCGCUCCGUGUUUGAGCAGGCGGUGCACGACUCUGUGCUGUCGGGCGCCACGAUACAUGGCAAGUACUACCCGGCAGCGGUGGGCGAGCGCAACGUUCAGAGCAGGAACGAGGACUAAGCCCGGCAGCACACCACCGCCUUACAGCGCUCCAGCGGGGCGGCUGCGAAACGAAUAGAAUGCCCCAAGCAGAGAAAUGUGCUUUUGGGAUUGCCAGGAUACCUCGCAGACCAGAUGCAGCAGAUUGAAAUGGACCCGCCUCAUGCAACACUACCGUACUACUGUGACAGCCUGUAUGCAAUGAUUCCCUUCCCUUCCCCGCCACGCCCAGCCCUGCCAUGCAUUUCUUUCUUGUGGCACCAAGCUCACAUCACUCACACGUGCAAUACCACAGCGUGCCCUGCACGCUUACUCUUUCACCUCCCUUGCUGUGGCGAGUUCAUUUGCAGUUACAUCGAUCCCCAUGACAAAACAGAAAGUC